UAUAACCAUAGAUAACUAUAACCUACAAAAAUACGAAGACGUCAGACUUCAAAAAUUUCUAAAACUUUAAUAAAACAUAAAUUAUGUCAGUUUUAGAGAAAACAAAUAAGUCUUUUGGUCCAUUUCUUUUGGAAGAAGUGGUAAAAGACGAAGAUGAAAUCGAAACAUGUUGUUUAUUAUGCGAAGACAAGUUUAAUCUCAGCCUAGCUUUACCAAUAUUUCUUUGUCAUUUGUUUGAGGUGCACCAUGUAGUUAUUGAAGAUGUACAGUUUAUUGACAAUUUAGAAGGAUACAUUAAGUACUGGAGAGAACGAUUUAAAAAUGUCGAAAUGUGUUCCAUUGUACCAUCUGUACCAAUUCAGACAACAGAAAAAUACUAUUUAAUUUCUACAUUAAUGAAAGAAGAUAAGGAAUUGAGACAUAAAUUAAGAUUAGAGAAAAUGUUAAAGGUACAAGAAUUUGAAAGAACAGACACGAAUUUUCGACAGACAUGCUUAAUUUGCCGAUUUGAAUUUGAAGGACUUCGAAGAGACUACAUAGGUCAUCUAAUGUCCCAACACAAUUUUCAUCUGGGUAAUCCUCAAAAUUUAGUGUAUAUUGAUGAAUUAAUAGAUAGGCUUCAAGAAAAAAUAAAUUCUCUUCAAUGCAUUUACUGUGAAGGCACUUUUCCUGAUAGAAACACCUUGAAGGAACACAUGCGAAAAAGACAACAUAAAACCAUUAAUCCUCUGAACAAAAGCUAUGAUAAGUAUUAUUCAGUUAAUUAUUUAGAACCUGAUGGAGCCUGGGAUCAACAUAAGAAAAAACAUAACGAUCCACCUAUAGCUCUUGAAGCGUCUUUAAAUUCUGAUGAAGAAUAUGAGGAUUGGAAAGAAGGAAAAGAAGAUUUUAUAAUUUGUCUGUUUUGCAAGCACAAAGAAACAUCAAAAGUUCUAAUUUGUAAUCACAUGUCUCAAGCUCAUAAUUUUAAUUUCGAUUGUUUAGUACAAGAAUUAGAUUUCUAUUUAAAAGUUAAAUUAGUAAAUUACAUUAGAAAACGAAUGCACGAAUUACAGUGCAUCUACUGCGAGACAAUCUUUGAAAAUGACCAACUUUUACAAGAACAUUUAGCAACUGAAGAACAUUUUAAAAUGCCAGAUAUUAAAAAUUUUGAUCAACCAGAAUUCUUCUUUCCAACGUAUGAAAAUGACACACUUUUAUAUUUUUUGGAAGACGUAGAUGAUUAAAACAGUGUGAUGUAUUACCCUUAAUAUUCACAGAUAAUUACGAUGUAUUUUCCGUAAUUUCGGAUUUAAAUAAAUAGAUAACUUAUA